AAUCGUUAUUUCGAAAUUUUAAAGACAGAGAACCACUCACUCACAGAACCAGAAAAAAAAUUUGCUGCCUGACUAGUUGCUGGUCUACUUGGUUAAAAAAUAUGGCAUCCAAUGUUAUCCGUGGUAUCAUUGGGAAGACUUUGAAAUAUGAAGACACCUUACCAAGUUUGCCAGUACCAAGAUUGAAACAAACUUGUGCAAAGUAUCUCCAGUCAGUAAGACCUUGUGUAAGUGAUGAAGAGUUUGCCAUUACAAAAACAAAGGUUCAGGAUUUUUGCUGUGGAAUCGGUCCAGUUUUACAAAGCAAACUUGAAAAAAGGGCUUCUCAUUCUAAAAACUGGCUUGAGAAAUGGUGGGAAGAAGAAGCUUAUUUAAAACCUCGAUAUCCUAUUGCACCGUUAAUCAAUGUCUCUGGUCCAAUGAUGUUGUAUGAAGAUAUAUGGCCUGCUCUGAAGGGAACACAAAUCAAACGAACAGCAAUCACGCUGCAUUUUCUUCUGAAUGAGUGGAAAUUACUAUAUAAUCAAGAAUUUCCAAUCGAUGGUAAAGAUGGUACGCCACUAAGUAUGUCUCAAUAUUAUAAUUUAAUGUCUUGGUGUCGAUUUCCUCAGAAUAAUGUUGACAACUACAUGGCUUUGUUAAAACCAGCACCAAGUCCAACAGUAAGAUAUGUAACUGUUAUGACAAAGGGAAGAAUAUAUAAAUGUGAUGUUUUAAAUUCUGAAUUAGAGCCAAUUAGCAUAUCGGAAAUUGAAGCGCAACUGAGGCAUAUUGUAGACGAUGCAUCUCAGAAACCAGUUGGUCCAGGUUUGGGAAGUCUCACAGCCGAAAACAGAGAAACCUGGACAAAGGAAAGACAGCAUCUCGUUUUGAGCAAUCCAAAGCACUGGGAACUGUUGGCAACAAUACAAAAAAGCCUUUUGAAUGUUGUUUUAGAAGAUAAAAGUCCUUCUGUGAUCGAUGAGCUACAAACAGCUUUGAAUUGUGGCAACUGCAAAAAUAGAUGGUUUGACAAAUCUUUUCAGUUAAUUAUUUUCGAGAAUGGAUUGAUGGGAACGAAUUUAGAACACCUAGCAUUUGACGCAGUGAUUCUUAUUCUGGCUGUAAAUAGAGCUCUAGAAAACGUGAAGAAAUACUGGGGGAAACAACCUCGGAGUGAUGAGAUAAAAGUUUCAAGUGUUUGUGUUCCGAAACCUGUGGAACUUCAGUUUGAUCUCGAUGAUCGUCUUCAUAGAGCUAUAGAGAACGCCACUGUACAGUUUGAGAAGACGUCAUCAAACAUUGCAAUAAGAACUUUAAUUUGGAAGCAGUAUGGAAAAACAUUUAUCAAACAACAUCGACUCCACCCAGACACUUAUGUUCAAAUGGCAAUUCAACUGGCUGACUUUAAGUUGCAUAAACGAGUAGCUCCCACGUACGAAACAGCUUCAACGAGGCAGUUCUAUCAUGGGCGUACUGAUACGGUUCGUUCCCACACGACGGAAGCUCAAGAAUGGUGCAACGCUAUGGAAAGUCGUCAAGCAACGAAUAAACACAAAAUUGAUCUUUUACGAAUUGCUUGCUUGAAACAUGAUGAAUUAAUGAAUGGGGCUACUCAAGGAUUAGGAAUUGAUCGACAUCUCUUAGGCUUGAAAAAUACUGGCUGAAAAAUCAGGUUUACCAACUCCUGAGAUUUUCACUGAUUCAGCGUGGACAAAAAGUGGAGGUGAUGGUAACUAUAUACUCUCGACCAGUAUAAUUGGUUA